AAGAGCUCUUUUGAACAGAGCCAUGCUGAUUAGGAAAAGAACAUUUUCCGCAGCAGUAACAGGUCUCUUGUUGCUGCUGUCAGGAGUUCAGGCUCAGCACAGUGUAACUUUCUCCUCUCAGAGUCUCUGUUUUGUUACUGGAUCUACAGUAAAAAUCCCCUGUACAUUUACACCUUAUCACUCCAGAGUCACAGAGAGACAGUGGUAUCGAGUCCAGAGCUCUGAAGGAGAACCACAAGACCUGAAAAAAGUUCCAGAAUAUUCAGGACGUGUGUCUGUAAACACCGGGAGGUCUUACUGUAGUCUGACAGUGAAGAAUGUAAGAGUGAGUGACUCUGGAGUUUAUAACUUUAGAUUUAAAACAUGGAGCAGUGACUGGAUAUCAGCUUCAUCUGGAGUUCAACUGACUGUUACAGACUUGCAGGUGAAGGUGGAUCCUAACACUGUAGGACAGAGAGAAGUGAAAGUGACCUGUAGCUCCACCUGCAGACUCAACACACGCCGUUUCUACUGGUACAGGAAUGACCAGAAUAUCAAUUACACAGAUGACGCCUCCACUGUACUUUACUCCACCAGUCUAUAUUAUGAAGGCAGCUACUCCUGUAAGGUGUAUGAGAGUACACACCGCUCUCCUCCAGUGUGUAAGUGUCAGAGUAAAUCUCUGCUGACAGUUUAG